UGUAGAAGUUGUUUGAGGGAAGAAGAAAAGACUAACCCGCCGGGCUGCAUAGUGCCGAUGCAGCCAUAUCAUCUGACGUCCAGAAAUGCCUCAAAUUUCACCAUAUCAUAGUGCUCUUUGUCUCAUGGCAAGUAGCAAUAGGGGACAAGUGUUAUCCUUGUAUAGACGAAUUCUACGUGUUGGCUGGUCAUGGAAAGCUCAGAAUCCCUCAGAAACAAAGACAGAGCGGGAUUACAUCAUAAAUGAAACACAGCAAUUGUUUAGAGCAAAUAAGAACAUUACAAACAUGAAAAAUAUUAAGGAACAUGUUGCUGAAGGAGAGGCUAGGCUAGAAAUGGCGAUACACUACAAGACCCCAUACCCAAGACCAGUGAAUAUGCCACCCAACACCAUAACAAAAGGUUGGGGUAGAGGCAACAUAAGAAGGCAGAAUGUUUCCAGACCUGUCUAUAUAAAAUCCAUUGAUAAUACUUCUUGAAAUAGGUGCAGUACAUAGUAUAAUUUGUAAAUAAUGUAGAUGUUGAAUGUUGCAUCACUUAAAGUUGUAUAUUUUCAUCAUCAUAUAUCAUUGAACAGGCUUGUUUUUGUGUUUUUAUUGCCUAACACCUCGCUCUGGGUACUCGUAUAGUAUUACCCAACUGAGUCUACUGGUUGAAAAUCCAGGUUAACAACUCUCAACAUCAGUGGCUGGAACUACAGUAUAUCAUUACUAAUUUAUACAUAUUUGAUUGCCUUAAGAUACAACAGUCACCAAUCCAAGUUGAAAGCAAUGAGUCUAACCAUCACAUUAGCAUGUGUGCUUUGUGACCCUCAUUUGGUUUCUGCUGCAAUUUGUCAUUUUCCAGGUCAAUCUUCAGUUCCAGCCACUGGUCCUCCAGGAAUAGCAAAUGUUUUCUGCUUUUCUUCAUCAAUUAGGAGCUAAGUGCAUCUCCUAACCCAAUUAAUAUGAUAGUUUUUAUCUGUAGCCACAAUCCUGAGCAUUAGUGUCAAUAAAGAUUUUGUUAUUUUAAAUUUGUAAUUGUUAAUUAUUGCUUAAAAAACUUAGUUUGAGGCUAGCUGGAGUGUUACCAUACAGAGCCAACACAACCUAGCUCUGUGUCAGAGGGAUCUUAAUUUCAUGGUGUAUAGCUUAGCCUGUUGUAUGAAAGCCCUUUAUCUUUACUCCAGGUGCAGUUGUGGUUGAAAUUGGAAUUGCAGGAUGUUCGGUUUUGGAAGUUUGAAGUUGAAUAAGGGAUUGUUAGACCUGAACAUGAUAUUUCCUUUUUGUGAUUUAGGUGUGUAUUUCCAAGUUCUUGACAUGCUUUUGAGGACUUAAAGGAACCCAUUUUGGGUUCUGACAGCCAGUUAAUGCUGUAUUGGGUCAUGCAGUAAGAACACUCAGGACUUUGACCUAUAUCUCAUAAAGCCUUAGCUACAUCCCAGAGAAGGACUUACAUUUAGGUUUGCUUCAAGGCACUGUAUGACAGUGAGGGUUAUGCAAAGUCAGCUUCUUGUGUGCUACAGUUAUUUUAGUAGGGUGACUCACAAAGUGGUAUACUUGUUGUAAUUACAUUUGGAGCUUUUUUCCUUUAAAACUCUUUAGUAUUUGAGUUGCCUGAGACAGAUGUUAAGUUUAGAAAAAGUAGAAUGUUGUUCCUGAAAUUCCAUAGUAUAAAUUAACCUGGAUUAAGUGAUUCACUCACUCUUCUUCCCAGUGGGUAAAGCCAAAUUGGACUGGAACUGGGAAAUGUCAGUUUGUAGUGUGUACCAUUUAAGUGUUUAAGAUAAUCAUUAUCUUUGACCUUGAUUGAUGACUGCUGUAGCCUCAAUUCUCUUUUUAGAUACUCAAAUGUGCAAGGAAAGUGUCAACUAAUUAAUUAAUUGUUUCCAGCUGCUAAUGUUGAACAUUAUCCUGGGUUUUUAAACUGUUGACUUAGUUGAGUAAUAGUGUACAGCAUGUAAGUCACCUAAUUUAGGCUUAACUGUACAGUGGGAUUUCUGGAACAAUCCUCUUGUUAUUUUUAAGAAACAGCAUUAUAUUCAUCAAAAACACAAACAAAAAAGUUUAAGUUAAAUAAAAUGAUCUUGCCAUCUAUUAAGGUUAAUUUAUUGUUUGUUUUAUUGUAAUAUGUCAACAGUAAAAUAUUUAAAAAAUUUCA